AAAUAAAUCCAACGAUAACACCUGGUUAUAGUCAAUAUCAAUUAAUAGCUGAUAUGCUUCCAUCAUAUAUUCCUCUUCAAUUAGCUGAAAAAAUUUUAUUUAUUGGUGAAUCAUGGCUUCUAUUGAAAACAAAUGAUGAAGAUAAUGAUAAAAAUUUUUUAUCAAUAAAUCCAAUUGAUUAUGAUGAACAAAAUAAUCGUGUACAACAACAAUUAUAUGUUUUAACACUUUCAGAUGAUUUAAAUAUGUUUGAAUUAGAACGUAUUAUUGAACAUGCAAGAAUUGAUUUAUCAUUAACAUUAAGAAAUUUAUUUGUUGAUCGUUUUCAUUUAUGUGAUGAACUUGAACAAAUUCGUGGAUUUUAUUUAAUUGAACGUGGAGAACUUUAUUCAUUAUUUGUUAAUCGUACAAAUCAAUUAUUAUUAAAUACAAAAAAAUCUACAAAUGCUAUUGAAAAUGAUAUUAAUGAAGUUUUUAAACAAUGUUUAAAUGAUUUACAUUUAGAAUCAAUAUUAACAAAUGCUGAUAAAUUUAAAUUUAAACUUAAUUUUACACUUAAUGAUAAUUCUACACAAGUAAGAAUUUUAUUUUCAAUUAUUUAG